ACCCAAGCUUGGGCAAUGGGGUACCGAAAGUUGCAAUAGAGGCCACUAGCCGGCGCAGAAACGCCUCGAAAGUUACAACAGAACGAAUGAUUCCAGUAUCUCUCUCGGGCGCACUCCUACACCAAACGGCAAGACAGCCAUCGACCUACAUCCCUUCCCGACCCUUCAUCUUCGUCGCCCGGCCAGGUACCAAAAGCACUCUAUACUACCGGUCUACUAGCAGCAGCACAUCUCUCCAAUGAGUUCGUUCCCGAACCAGAGUUCUACACUAUUAGUUACUACAGCCGGGCAAGUACCGCCUCCUAUAU